AUGUACAACCUCAAGAGCCUUCCGGCACUGCUAUGCCUCGUGCUGGCUGUCGCUCCCGUCCUGUCUGCACCUGUCGCCGCUGGAGAUGGAGCCGUUGUACGAAGACAAAGCCACCACUUCAAUACCAACACCCAGUCCGGUUCUAACAUGGGCUUCUCUAUCCCUGAUGGCCCAUCCUACAACUCUGGCCAGUUCGCCUCGAACGCAUAUCGCGAAGACCGUGGAGGCGAUGAUGAUGAUGAGGGUUCAAGCGAGUCCAGCAACACCAACGCAGGGAACUCGAUGAAUAUCGGCAUCCCGGGUGGUCCCAGCGUCAACUUGGGCAACUACUUCAGUAACAACUAUGAAGAAUCUGAAGAGCCACGGCCAAAGCCCUCGACUACUUCCACUACCACCAUCCCAGAGUCCACAACGGCCCCUCCACCUCCGCCAGUCAACCCUCCUAUUGAGACUUCUGUUCCUGCCCCUCCUGCCCCUCCUACUACAACUACCACCACUACUCAACCCCCUCCUCCUCCCCCUACAACCACUGCUCCCCCUGCUCCUCCUACAACUACUGCUCCUCCUGCUCCUCCAACCACUACUCCACCAGCUGCUCCCCCUACCACUGCUCCUCCAGCACCCCCAACUCCAUCUACCCCCACCGAGCCGGCUCCUCCUGCUGAGACCAAAGAACGUGAAGAGCCAGUGCAAGAAUGCCCAGCACCUGAGCCUGAGCCACAGCCUGAGCCUGAGCAAUCUCCUGAGCCUCCAGUUGAACAUGAACCUUCCCCUGAACAACCAGAAUCAUCUCCUGCCCCCGAGCCUACCCCUGCACCUCAGCCCAACCCUACACCAAGCCCUCAACCAGAGCCCCAACCCCAGCCUCAGCCCCAGCCCCAACCUGACCACGAGCCUGCAUCCGAGCCCAGGAUCAUACCCACUCCUUCCCCAGCUGCUCCAGCAUUGCCUGCAUACACCUGUCAAUGCCCUGCGUGA